UUCAGUUUCCGCAUGUACAGCUACAUCUAGUGAUUAUCUCUCUCAAGAACUGGAACUGGUAGAGGAGACGAGUUUUGCUCAAUUUCUCAAGCAAGAAAAUGGGUAGUAGAAGGAAAACUUGUUCUAAAACUAUAUACCAAAGAGGCUACCGCUCUUGACAACGUUUUGUAGUCCCAGUUGUAUCUUCUAUGCGUGUUCUUUGCCAAGUGUGGGCACUGAUCACGCCUAGAGGCUUGUGAUAGGACCACAAACAUCAAAUUUGAAGUAUCAGAAAUUGGCACGGAAGAAGCCCCCUCGGAGAAGGAAAGGGAAGCAAAAGAGUCGGAAUCAUCGUCCAUCGGGUUCUUCGUUUCAAUCGUUUGUUUCGCUUUCGUUCGAUGUCACUGCGAUGUCACUCGGUCAAAUAAACCAGCUACAACAUGUGAAAAAGAGGAAUUUCUGUCUUUACUACCAUCACUAGAUGAUGAGUCGACGCCUGUCCCCGCUCUUAUUGAAUCCCCUUCACCCCCCGAAGGAAGUCCCAAGGAUGUAUCGCAAGUUAGUCUUUCUUCUUUCCUUCGGUUUGCUGACUAACAUUUGAAAGAAAAUCCAGUUGAUAGGUAGCCGUAGACGUGGAGGCAACACUUGUAGGAGCUAAUACAGUAGGUCGUAACUAUAGAUCCCUUCUAUCACUUUUUCAUUUUUAACUGAGCGAAGCUGGGUUUCAGUUUCAUUUACUACGUCGAUCUUCAAAAAUGUCAGAAGCUGUGGGUGGUGCAACAGGGAGCAAGGACCUCCCCCCACAGCCGUCAAUCAGCGAGCCAGGUGCGUCAACGAUGCUGGAAUCAAUAGGACAGUUUUCAACCUUGUUCGACAAGUAUGUGUGCACUUUUUCGGAACAGGAUAAGGUAAUACAUAAAUUUGUUAAGAUCGAAAAAACUAGUGACGAGGAGAAGAACUCUUUGGCGUCUCUUUGUAGUUUCUAGUACAAAAAAGUCUUUUGAAAAAGGAGGAUCAUGAAGAGAAGUAUGAACAUGUUGUAAUCCCCAUCUCAGCUUCGAGAAUUUCGCAGAUAUAUGGCGGAAAAGAAGGUGACGAACUUUAUCGUGAAACUGUAUCAAUUUUGCAAUGACGCAAGGAGAAAAGACCAAUACAUGGAGCAUGUUGUGCAGGAUUUCCUUUGUACUGCAUUUUUUCCUAUGUCGUAGUAGAUCCGUCUAAAGCAUGAAAUACGUGGGGGAGCAAGAAAAAUUGCUAUCACUUUUGUGGACGCUCCUGCUGCAUUACGUCAACUUCAUCAGAAAGCUGGCUUUUACAAGUAACUAGUGGUAGUACGACAAUAAAACGGGAUGAUCUAUUUCACAUUCGGUGGAGAUCGAAGUGACCUUUUGGCGUUUUUCUCAGGUUCAUACCCUGGCGAAAGUGAUGCGGAUAUCGAGGGUCUGCUCGAACAGAGGAUAGACGUGAGGAAUAGCAAUGUUAGGCUAACGAAGGAUAUUCCGCGAUACGAGCUUGUAGUGACAAUUGCAAGAGAACUGCCAGCAAACGGCUGUGCUACCUGGGGUGAGGCUGCGAACGCACUAGGUAAUCUUCGUGCUAUUUGAUUGAUCGCUAGAACACUAUGUUAUCUUCGCCGUGAGAAUACUUAUUUGGUUUCUAUUCAACCACAGAACUAAAAUUUAUUUGAGCAACCACGUUCCUUACCUACAAUGCAUUCUCAAUCAGGUAUUGUGAUCGAGCGACAUCCAAAGGUAGAUCCUGAGGGUGAUUUUCCUUGGAAAACGCGGCGCGCGUUCAUCGAGGAGCUAGAGAAGAUGCAUCGAGACAAAUUGACUUCUGCAACAGCAACUUUUGAGGAGCUGAUGGCGCGUGCGAUACCUCCUCCACACGAAGAGGCAGCAACGCAUGAGGGGGGCGAGUAA